AUGCAUCCGAAUGUGCGACACUUUCCUCGCCCAGAUGCAGGUUUGCACGAAGGAGGGUCUCAUGCGAAUCUCGAGGAGUCCUUCGGUGGGCACAUGCCAGAUCGAGGAAGCAUCGAGACAAUCUCUGUAGUUUUACCCUGUGCAGAAGAGAGGCAAAAUGCCAUUUUGACGGUCGAGCGCUUCUGCAGGAGGACAUCUCCAGACGUGCUCAAGGAAAUCAUUGUGGUAGACGAUGGAUCAGAUCCGCCUUUGGAAAGUCUCUUCAAGAAAGAUGAGAAGAGGUUGGAUCAGGAUCCUGCUUGCCGCGUGCGUUUCCUUCGUCAUAAUCAGACGACGGGUCUCAUGGCUGCGAAGCUGACGGGUGGCCGCGAGGCCAAAGGCGAUGUCAUUGCGUUUAUCGACUGCCACUGUGCUCCCCAAGCCAAUUGGUAUCAGGAAAUACUGGAGCAAGUUAGAAUCAAUCCACGAAGAAUGGUGGUGCCUGCCAUUACUGACCUUGACAUGGAUAUUUUUGAUGAAAGAAAGGACAGCCAGGUCAAUGCCAAGUGCUACUUGACUUUCGAUGCCGAUUUCAAAUGGUUCGAUGAUGAGUCAGAUUUCAUUCCUACCAUCAGCGGUGGUUUGGUCGCUAUGGGACGUAGCUGGUUCAACCUCACUGGUGGCUUUGACGAGGGAAUGCACGGCUGGGGUGGUGAGAAUUUGGACCAGUCGCUAAGAGCUUGGCUGUGUGGUGGUGACAUUGUUCGAGCCAAAAGCAGCCGAGUAGCGCAUAUGUGGCGCACUGGUGACCGACGUACUGCCACUCACUAUCGCAUCAAGGCAAAGGCUACGAACAACCGUGGCCGAGUGAUUGCUGCGUGGUUUGGGCCAUUCAAAGAAGUGGCUCGCAGUAGCGGUGUGGAUGAGGCGUUGGUGCAAAACUACGCCAGCUUCAAGGAACGGCUUCAUUGCAGGCCCUUCAGCUACUUCAUUUACCGCUUUCGCAAACUGUACCUUGAAGGUGGGGUGGUGGCCAAGGAGUCUUUUAGGCUUCAAGAGGCUUCGAGCGGUAAAUGCCUGCAAGCAUCCAAGCAUCUAGGCACCUGCAGUUCGAUGCAACGGUUGGUGCUUGGCAACGUUGACAGGCAAACGGACAAGUGCUGUUCUGGGUUUCGUGUUCACCGUACUAACAACUGCUUCGACUUCUUUGACAAGAAUGGAAUUCAUCUAUAUGCCUGUGACGUGAUGGGCCGCAACUUGAACCAACAGUACUACCUCCGUGAGGAUGGCCGUCUACAAAAGGGCGAAAGCGAUUGCAUUGCGACCUCAGGCGGUGAUCUGUUGAUUCUGAAGCCCUGCACAAAGCUGGCACCCGGCGAGGGUGUUUUCCACAAGAUCGACCAGGAGGAAACGAAAGAGUAUCAGGUUUACCGUCGUGAACUGGCCAAAGAUCAAUGGGACAAAAAGUUUCCAUAUUUGCCAGACAAUUGA